CUCUUGAGAGUCGUCCAUUUCUUCCUCUCUCCCUCCAAAUUUUCACCCCUACACAGUUAGGGCUUUGCGAUUCAAUUUCUGGGUGGAUAUUGCUGCGAAGAAGACCAAGGUUAGUGUGUGAAAUCUCGAUGGCGAGAGCGAGGAGUCGGAGCAGAAGCUAUAGUCCCCGUCCUCGAGGCAAGUCGCCACCGCGCGAGCGGAAAAGCUACGACGAUUAUCGCCACCGUGAACGCCCGUCUUCUCGCGAUCACGAAUCCUCUGAUCCUUCUGGUUUGCUCAUCCGUAAUCUCCCUCUCGAUGCUAGGCCAAAUGAUCUGAGGGAUUCGUUUGAGCGGUUUGGUCCACUCAGAGACAUAUAUCUGCCGAGGAAUUAUUAUACUGGGGAGCCGAGAGGGUUUGGAUUUGUUAAGUACCGUUAUGCUGAAGAUGCAGCUAAGGCGAUGAAGCGAAUGAAUCACAAAGUUAUUGGUGGGCGUGAGAUAGCCAUUGUUUUUGCUGAGGAGAACCGGAAAACUCCACGAGAAAUGCGUACAAGUGGUCGAUAUGAGGAAUACAAGAGGACUUCACGCAGAUCACCAAGGCACAGAUACCGUUCUCAUUCACGGUCGCUUUCUCCUGCAAGGCGAGAACCAAGGCACAGUAAAGCAAGAGAGGAUGAUUCGUACUCUCCUCGAAGGUCAAGAUCUAUUUCCCGUUCCCCUCUACUCCGAAAUGAGAGGCAACGCAAAUCGCACAAUGUGUCUCAAAGCCCAAGAAGAAACUGUAGAAGUCCCCGAGAGGAGAGGGUGCUUACGAGGUCUCGAAGUCUGUCAAGGUCACGUUCUCGGUCCAUGAGUCGUUGAUCUUUUUCAAGUGGAGUGGGACAUAAGAUCUGGAGUUUUACGAUGGAUGUGUGUUCACUACCUUUCUUUUUGUUUGUUUGUUUUUUUCAUACCCAACUUCAUAAGUGUCAUUUCCCCUUCUUUUUUUGAUAGUGUACUUAAAUAUUUCUCGGAAGAAAGUCUAUUUAAAUUAAA